AUGACAUCAUAUUUUAUGAAAACAAUUAUCGGUCAACAACUGGAUGAAAUUGUGGAUAACAUAGGUGGCAGCAGCGAUGAUGACAAAGAACGACGAGAUUACAGUUCGUCUGAAAAUGAUCCGAGUACUCUAAAAGCAAGACGUAUCGCUGAAGAACGACGAAAGGCCAAAUAUGCAAAACAGGAAGCCGAUCGAGAGGUUGUGCGACAACAAAUCCGAGAUAAAUAUAAUAUUAAAAAGAAAGACGAACCAUCACCAAAUACAAAGCGUCCGCAUCUUUCACACCUAACAGGCCGAAGCACUCCUGAAAAGAAAGUGCCAACGUCAAACGAACGCCACCAACAAGAUAGUUACACUCCCCAACCGCAACAGAACGAAGCAGUUAAUAAGACGGACUCAACUAUGUUUAGUUCCAUCGUCGACAAAUUUUCAUUUAAACUUCCAUGGAAUUUAUCCCACUUCGUAUUUCAACAAACGAUCCCAUGCUAUUCUUAA